AUGAAAUAAAAUGAAAGAAUGUUGUUUUCAUCAAGGGUGAUGUAUUCAUUCAUUGCGAAGAUUUCUCCAAUAAAGGAAUAAAUUAGGAAAUAAAGACAUUUAUUAAUUGGAUAAAGUCUAUUCCUUUUAAGUAUAAAAUUGUAAUAGCAGGCAAUCAUGAUAGACAGAAAAAUACUUAAGGCUUCUUAAGGCCAGGUAUCACAAUAAUUAAGAUAAUAAUCAUUAAGAAUUAUAGAAAGAACUCAAAGAUAAUUGUAUUUACUUAGAAAAUUCUUCUCUUAUACAAAAUAUAGGGAAGUCCAUAUUCACCUACAAUAAGGUGCAAUCCAUGGGCUUUUUAAGUAAAGCUGAAAAUAUUUUGGAAGUAAAUCGAGGAAAGAUCUGAUAAAGUUCUUACACAUGGAGCUCUUUUAAGUCAUGGUUCCUAUGAUCAUAAUUAUCCUCCCACAAAAAGAGAAUGUGGAGAUCUUGCUUUGGCUAACAAAAUAAAAGAAAUUAAACCUCUUUAUCAUAUUUUUGGACAUGUACAUGAAGGUUAUGGAAUGACGGAAGAAAAUAUAAUUUAAUACUUGAGUUGUGAAAAUUUAUUGUUAAAAUAAUAAUAUUCAAAUUUUCAUUCGAAUUUUAAUUCAAAUAUUUCAUUAUCUACAAUCUUUGAUGCUUUGUCUCUUGGGUUGAGUACUUUAGGUGUUCUGAAAAUUAUCCCUCUUUAUAACAUACAAUUAGAAUAUUGCAGUAUUAUCUUUUCUAUUUGCUCUAUCAUAUUUUGUAUCAUCUAAUAAUUUUAUAUAUAGUGGACUUAGUAUAAAUAAUCAAGCUGUUAUUAACUUAAAAAAUUAUUUAAAUUAUCCAAAAAAAAUAUCAAUAUAUCAUUAUUAAGUUCAUCUCAUAUUGAUAGAUCUCAGAGUAUAUUUUCAACUAUUUUUAAAACAUCUAAAUAUGCAUUCUCGGUUUUGGUUAAGAAAUUUAAAAUUAAUAGAAAAUGUUAUGAAGAAAUCUUAAAAUUUAAGAGAAAUCCUAAGAUUCUAACUUAUAUAGCAAAACAUAAGUUUAAUUAUUUUUUUGCUUCAAUAGAUGCAAUAUUCAUAGUUGUUUUUUAGGGUCUAUUUUUUCUUCACAAUAGGAUAACUUUCAUUAUUUUCUGA